UUCGCUGUCUGAUGGUGAUGUCAUGUCCCUCCUCAGGGUGUCUCUCCAGGUUUGAGGACUCUAAAAAUACCCGGAGGUGUCAGAGCGGCUGUGGAGCCCCGGGUCCGGCUGUCGGGGUGGGGUAGAUGGGGGUGUCCUGGUUGGGGGUGUCCAGCGUGUCUCCACCCCCCUGUUCCGCGCCGACCAAUGAUCUGCGGUCUCGGUAUCCUGCGGCUCGGAGGAUGCCCGGGCCGCAGUAGUAUAUGGUCAUGGCAGGGGCAUUCCUGGGAGUCCUGCGCAGUGACGCCGAGCCUUUAAACCUCGCUUCACGCUCCCGCAGCUGCACAGCCCCACUCUGUCCACGACGCCACCCGCGUGUGACCACAGCCAAGCCAGCCGGAGGACAAAAGCAGACUAUUCUUCACUCUUCCUCCCGAGCCUCCGCUUUCUCUGAGAGUGUGAGCCACAGGAGUGACCUCGGGUCUGCAUGCGCGCCUCUUUACGCACAGCUCCGUGAAGCUCCCUCCCCGCGCGCUGGGCACUGCCCCUCCGCUUCCACUGCCCCCCGUUUCUCUUUUUUUUCUGCCUUUCCUUCUCUUCCCACUGCGCUCGGUUCUAUAAAAGGCAUGUCCAUGAUGAGCAACAACAGCUACUUGGAGCCCCAGCAGUUCUACCAGAGCACCGCGGACAUCGGCGAGGAGGAGGAGGAGGAGAUGCCGGCCACCGAGAAGGACCUAGCCGAGGACGCCCCGUGGAAGAAGAUCCAGCAGAACACCUUCACUAGGUGGUGCAACGAGCACCUGAAGGUGAUCAACAAACGCAUCAACGACCUACAGAAGGACCUAAGCGAUGGGCUAAAGUUAAUAGGGCUGCUGGAGGUGCUAAGCCAGAAAAAGAUGUACCGGAAGUACCACAGCAGACCCAACUUCAGGCAGAUGAAGCUGGAGAACGUGUCCGUGGCGCUGGAGUUCCUGGAAAGGGAGCACAUCAAAUUGGUCUCCAUCGACUCCAAAGCCAUCGUGGAUGGGAAUCUGAAGCUGAUCCUGGGUCUUAUCUGGACCCUGAUCCUCCACUACUCCAUCUCCAUGCCCAUGUGGGAGGACGAGGAUGACGAAGACGCCAAGAAACUGACUCCUAAACAGCGUCUGCUGGGCUGGAUCCAGAACAAGGUGCCCCAGCUCCCCAUCACCAACUUCCACCGAGACUGGAGGGACGGCAAGGCGCUGGGAGCUCUGGUGGACAACUGCGCCCCCGGUCUGUGUCCCGACUGGGAAACAUGGGAUCCCAGUCAGCCAGUGGAGAACGCCCGGGAAGCCAUGCAACAGGCUGACGAUUGGCUGGGAGUGCCACAGGUGAUUGCUCCUGAGGAGAUCGUUGAUCCUAAUGUGGAUGAGCACUCUGUGAUGACCUACCUGUCUCAGUUCCCUAAAGCCAAACUGAAGCCCGGUGCCCCCUUGAGGGCCAAAUCGCUACACCCCAAGAGGGCUAAGGCCUACGGACCAGGUAUCGAGCCUCGAGGUAACAUGGUUCUGAAACCAGCAGAGUUCCUGGUGGAGACGGUGGAGGCUGGACUGGGAGAAGUUCUAGUUUAUGUGGAGGAUCCAGAGGGACACACAGAAGAGGCCCGAGUCAUCCCCAACAACGACAAGAACCGAACCUACUCUGUGGUCUACCUGCCCAAAGUGGAGGGGCUUCAUAAAGUAAAGGUGUUGUUUGCUGGUCAGGACAUCGACAGAAGCCCCUUCAUUGUAAAUGUUUCAAAAGCCAUGGGCGGCGACCCAACCAGAGUUCAGGCCCGCGGGCUGGGACUGCAGCCAACGGGAAAUGUGGCCAACAAACCUACAUACUUUGAUAUUUACACUGCAGGAGCGGGUGCUGGAGAUGUGGGCGUCAUCAUUGUGGACUCAAAUGGCCGCAGGGAUACAGUGGAGAUUGUCCUGGAGAACAGAGGCGACAGUGUAUUUCGGUGCACCUAUGUCCCUGUCCUGGAGGGACCUCAUGUCGUCUGUGUGACUUUUGCUGGGCAGCAGAUUCCCAGAAGUCCUUUCACUGUCCACAUCUCCGAAGUUUCACAGAGUGUCCCUCCUCCUGGGUCUCCAGUGCAGAUUGUACCUCAGUCCAUACGCACCCCACCUGCUGACAAGACCAGGAGAGCUCCUCCUCCAACACCACCCAAACCCAGGCGACCAACCUGUAACCCAAACGCCUGCAGAGCAUCUGGCAGAGGUCUGCAGCCGAAGGGUCUGAGAGUGAAAGAAUUGGCAGAUUUCAGAGUUUACACCAAAGGAGCCGGCAGCGGGGAGCUCAAAGUCACCGUAAAAGGACCAAAGGGCCUGGAGGAGUCUGUGAAUGUGCUUGAGAUGGAAAAUGGCCUGUAUGAGUGUAAUUAUUACCCCGUCAUGGCAGGAAAGUACAUCGUAACCGUCACUUGGGGCGGACACAGCAUCCCUCGCAGCCCAUUUGAAGUUUAUGUCAGUGAGGAGGCAGGGCUUCAGAAAGUGAGAGCCUGGGGUCCAGGUCUGGAGACCGGUAUGGUGGGGAAGAGUGCUGACUUUGUGGUGGAGGCCAUUGGAACUGAAGUGGGAACUCUCGGUUUCUCUAUCGAGGGGCCCUCCCAGGCUAAGAUUGAGUGUGAUGAUAAAGGCGAUGGAUCGUGUGAUGUUCGAUACUGGCCGACUGAACCAGGCGACUAUGCCGUCCAUGUUAUUUGUGAUGACGAGGACAUCAAGGACAGUCCCUUCAUGGCCCACAUCCUCCCUGCUGCCAGUGUCAUCUUCCCUGAGAAGGUGAAAUGUUACGGUCCAGGUCUGGAGCCUUUGGGCUGCAUUGUUAACAAACCUGCUGAUUUCACCAUUGAUACCCAUGGAGCUGGCAGAGGAGAGCUGAAGCUCUAUGCUCAGGAUUCAGAUGGUUUCCCCAUUGACGUCCAGAUCACAGAUAAUGGAGACAGCACCUACUUCUGUGUUUACAUUCCCACAAAACCCAUCAAACACACCAUUAUCGUCACCUGGGGUGAAGUCAACGUCCCCAACAGCCCAUUCAGGGUGACUAUCGGAGAGGGCAGCCAUCCAGAGAAUGUGAAAGUUUACGGUCCAGGUGUGGAGAAGACAGGACUGAAGGCCAACGAGCCGACUUACUUCACUGUGGACUGCAGUGAAGCCGGACAGGGUGAUGUCAGCAUUGGCAUCAAGUGCGCUCCAGGUGUAGUCGGACCUGCCGAGGCUGACAUCGACUUUGACAUCAUCAAGAACGACAACGACACAUUCACAGUGAAGUACAUGCCUCCGGGUCCCGGACAGUACACCAUCAUGGUGCUGUUCGCUGAUCAGGAAAUUCCUAUUAGCCCCUUCAGAAUAAAGGUGGAUCCUUCCCAUGAUGCAGCCAAAGUCAGGGCAGAGGGACCUGGACUCAACAGGACAGGGGUGGAGGUGGGUAAGCCCACCCACUUCACCAUUUAUACAAAGGGAGCUGGUAAAGCCAAACCUGAGGUCCACUUCACCGGAGCAACUAAAGGUGAUGCCGUCCGAGACUUUGAGAUCAUCGACAACCAUGACUACUCAUACACUGUCCGCUACACGGCGGUGCAGCAGGGGAGCAUGUCCAUCAUUGUGUGUCAUGGAGGAGACCCCAUCCCAAAGAGUCCAUUCACCAUCAUUGUGGCCCCCCCACUGGACCUCAACAAGGUCAAAGUUCAGGGACUGAACAACAAAGUAGACGUUGGGAAGGAUCAGGAGUUCUCCAUCUGUACUCAAGGUGCUGGAGGUCAGGGCAAACUAGACGUGAAGAUCACCUCCCCUUCUCGUCGACCAAUCCCCUGCAAGGUAGAGUCGGGCACAGCCAAUGAGGUUCAUACAGUGAAGUACAUUCCUCCUGAGGAAGGACCAUACAGAGUGGACAUCAGCUACGAUGGGAACCCUGUCCCAGGAAGUCCAUUCACUGUGGAGGGCAUCAUGCCCCCUGAUCCUUCAAAGGUGCGAGCCUACGGUCCAGGCCUUCAGGGUGGUGUGGUAGGCAAACCAGCCCCCUUUGCCAUUGACACAAAGGGUGCUGGUACUGGUGGUCUGGGUCUGACAGUGGAGGGGCCGUGUGAGGCCAAGAUUGAAUGCCAGGACAAUGGUGAUGGAUCCUGCUCUGUGUCCUACCUGCCGACUGAGCCUGGUGAAUACGCCAUCAACAUCCUGUUUGCAGACCAGCACAUCCCCGGUUCCCCCUUCAAGGCUGUGGUCCAGUCAGUGUUUGACCCCAGCAAGGUGACAGCCAGCGGCCCCGGGCUGGAGCAAGGCAAGGUCAACGAGGCUGGAACCUUCACGGUGGACUGCUCCAAAGCCGGAGAGGAUGAGCUCACCAUCGAGAUCAUCUCUGACUCUGGGGCCAAAGCUGAAGUUCACAUUCAGAACAACAGUGAUGGGACCUACUCCAUCACAUAUAUACCCCAGUGCCACGGCAUGUACACCAUCACCAUUAAAUAUGGAGGACACAUGGUGCCAAAGUUCCCCAUUCGCUUGCAGGUGGACCCAGCUGUUGACACCAGCGGAGUGAAGGUCUAUGGACCAGGAGUGGAACCCAGAGGCAUCCUGAGGGAAGUAACCACUCAUUUCAUCGUGGACGCUCGAGCUCACUACAAGAGCGGUGGCAGCCAUAUCAAAACCUCGAUCUCAAAUCCGUCAGGCGCCAACACAGACGCCUACGUCACCGACAAGGGAGAUGGGACAUACAAAGUCGAGUACACACCGUAUGAGGACGGUUUACAUCUGAUUGAAGUUCUUUUGGAUGACAUCUCGGUGCCAAAGAGUCCGUUCAGGGUGUCCGUGAGCGAGGGUUGUGAUCCCAGUCGAGUCCAAGCCUACGGUCCAGGUUUGGAGGAAGGACUGGUGAACAAACCAAACCAAUUCACUGUUGAGACCAGAGGUGCUGGCACUGGGGGACUUGGCCUGGCCAUUGAGGGUCCAUCAGAGGCAAAAAUGUCAUGUAAGGACAACAAAGAUGGCAGCUGCAGUGUGGAGUAUAUCCCCUUCACACCUGGAGAAUAUGACGUCAAUAUCACCUUUGGAGGCUUACCGAUCCCAGGGAGUCCAUUCCGGGUCCCAGUGCGAGAGCUGGUUGAUCCCAGUAUGGUGAGGUGUUCAGGUCCUGGCCUUGGAAGUGGAGUCCGGGCUCAUGUUCCUCAGACUUUUACUGUAGACAGCAGCAAGGCAGGGGUGGCUCCCCUGUCAGUUCAGCUAUAUGGACCAACAGGUGUAGCUGAGCCACUCAACAUCACAGAUAAUGGUGAUGGCACUCACACGGUCAACUAUACUCCUGCCAACGAUGGACCAUAUACGGUGUGCGUAAAGUAUGCCGACCAGGAAGUGCCCCGGAGUCCUUUUAAAAUCAAGACGUUACCGGCUCAUGAUGCUAGCAAAGUUCGAGCCAGUGGUCCCGGUCUGAAUGCAUCUGGGGUUCCAGCCAGCUUGCCAGUGGAGUUCACCAUUGAUGCCAGAGAUGCUGGAGAAGGACUGCUCACCGUCCAGAUUCUGGGUCCAGACGGCUGCAGUCGCGAGGCUUCAUUGUUUGUGGAAGACUGGGGCAGGAGGGUGUGGGAGACUCACAUAGUAAAGAAAACCAUCCCCUUCAGUAUUCUUAGGAGAGGCUCUGAUCCAGAGGGAAAACCCAAGAAGGCAACCAUUCGAGACAACAGAGAUGGGACUUACACAGUGUCCUACGUGCCGGACAUGGCGGGCCGCUACACCAUCACCAUCAAAUACGGAGGAGAUGAGAUCCCGUACUCACCUUACCGGAUCCACGCCCUGCCCACCGGAGACGCCAGCAAGUGUCUGGUCACAGUGUCGAUUGGAGGACACGGACUCGGUUCAGGAAUUGGACCAACCAUCCAGAUCGGAGAGGAAACAGUCAUCACCGUGGAUGCAAAGGCUGCAGGGAAAGGUAAAGUCACCUGUAAGGUGUCAACGCCGGACGGAGCGGAGUUGGAUGUGGAUGUAGUGGAGAACGCAGAUGGGACGUUUGAUAUUUAUUACACGGCUCCAGAGCCAGGGAAGUACGUCAUCACCAUCCGCUUCGGAGGGGAACACAUUCCUAACAGCCCCUUCCAUGUCGUGGCAAGUGAUACCAUCCCAAUAAUAGAGGAACCAUGUGACAAGCUUCAGUUACAGCAGCCCUACUCUCCCUAUGCGGCCUUCUCCCCUCAAUGGGCUACCGAUGAUCCCGUCAGCCCUGUGGAUGGGCUGGAGCCGAUGCUGCGUCCCUUCAGUCUGGUCAUUCCCUUUACGGUGCAGAAAGGAGAGAUCACAGGUGAAGUCCGCAUGCCUUCUGGCCGAACGGCCCGACCUCACAUCACCGACAACAAGGACGGGACAGUUACUGUGAAGUACUCGCCAACUGAACGAGGCCUCCAUGAGAUGGACAUCAAAUACGAUGGCAACCACAUCCCAGGAAGUCCACUCCAGUUCUAUGUUGAUGCUAUUAACAGUGGUCAUGUGACAGCAUACGGUCCCGGCCUGAGCCACGGCACCAUGAACCGACCAGCUACUUUCACUAUAGUUACAGAAGAUGCUGGAGAAGGAGGUUUGUCUCUGGCAGUUGAAGGUCCAUCCAAAGCAGAGAUCAGCUGUAAAGACAACAAGGACGGGACAUGCACAGUGUCCUACCUGCCCACCGCACCUGGAGACUACAACAUCAUCGUCAAGUUUGAUGACAAACACAUCCCUGGCAGCCCCUUCACCGCCAAGAUUACUGGUGACGACUCUAUGAGAACAUCCCAGCUUAACGUUGGCACGGCAACAGAUGUUUCCUUAAAAAUUAUGGAGACGGACCUGAGCAGCCUGACCGCGACGAUCAGAGCUCCGUCAGGAAACGAGGAGCCCUGCCUGCUGAAGAGGCUGCCCAACAGACAUAUCGGAAUAUCCUUCACACCAAAGGAAGUUGGUGAACACGUGGUCAGUGUGAAGAAGAACGGGAAACAUGUGACCAAUAGUCCAUUUAAGAUCAUGGUGGGUCAGUCGGAGAUCGGAGAUGCCAGCAAGGUGAAGGUUUACGGUCAGGGGCUGGUGGAGGGACACGUGUUCGAGGUGGCCGAGUUCAUUGUGGACACAAGGAAUGCAGGUUAUGGAGGUCUGGGUCUGUCCAUCGAGGGUCCCAGUAAGGUGGACAUCAACUGUGAGGACGUGGAGGACGGGACAUGUAAGGUCACCUACUGUCCCACAGAACCAGGAAACUACAUCAUCAACAUCAAGUUCGCCGACCAGCAUGUGCCAGGAAGUCCGUUCACGGUGAAGGUGUUUGGUGAAGGUCGGAUGAAAGAGAGCAUCACCCGGAAACGUCAGGCACCCUCCAUUGCCACCGUGGGCAGCACGUGUGACCUCAACCUCAAAAUACCAGGAAACUGGUUUCAGAUGGUUUCGGCUCAGGACCGUUUGACCCGGACGUUCACCCGCAGCAGCCACACCUACACCCGGACCGAGCGAACGGAGAUCAGCAAAACCCGAGCCGGAGAGACCAAGAGGGAGGUGCGGGUGGAGGAGAGCACGCAGGUCGGAGGCGAUCCCUUUAGAGACGUAUUUGGAGAUUUUCUAGGGCGAGAGAGUCUUAGUGGCUUCAGCGGGAUGCCGACCGGCAGCCGACAGCCGCUGCAGAACGGUGAGGCAGCUAACCAGGAGAUGACGGCUCAGGUGACGAGUCCUGGAGGAAAGACAGAGGACGCAGAGAUCAUUAAAGGAGAGGAGAGCACCUACAGCGUCCGCUUCAUCCCUCAGGAGAUGGGACCUCACACUGUCAACGUCAAAUACCGGGGCCAGCACGUCCCUGGGAGCCCCUUCCAGUUCACUGUGGGGCCCCUGGGAGAGGGAGGGGCCCACAAGGUCAGAGCAGGAGGCACUGGACUGGACCGCGGAGUGGCAGGAAUCCCAGCGGAGUUCAGUAUCUGGACCAGAGAGGCUGGUGCUGGAGGUCUCUCUAUUGCUGUAGAAGGACCCAGCAAGGCUGAGAUAACAUUUGAAGACAGGAAAGAUGGAUCCUGUGGAGUUAUUUACGUAGUGCAGGAACCUGGUGAUUAUGAGGUCUCCAUCAAAUUCAAUGAUGAACAUAUCCCAGACUCCCCCUUUACCGUCCCCAUCGCCUCGCUGUCAGAUGACGCUCGCCGCCUCACCAUCACCAGCCUGCAGGAGAUGGGUCUGAAGGUGGGUCAGGAGGCCUCCUUUGCAGUGCAGCUCAAUGGAGCAAGAGGGCUAAUUGAUGCCAAGAUCCACACGCCAUCAGGAGCCACCGAAGAGUGUUACAUCACUGAGCUGGACAGCGAUCAGCAUGCUAUCAGGUUCAUCCCAAAGGAGAAUGGAGUUCAUUCUAUAGACGUUCGUUUUAAUGGCAGCCAUGUCCCCGGCAGUCCCUUCAAGAUCAGAGUAGGAGAACCGGGUCAGGUCGGAGAUCCAGGAAUGGUGUCUGCGUUUGGGUCAGGUCUGGAGGGAGGAACCACAGGCAUGGCAUCAGAGUUUAUUGUCAAUACUUGUAACGCCGGCUCAGGAGCACUGUCCGUGACAAUUGAUGGCCCAUCAAAGGUUAAGAUGGAUUGUCAGGAGUCUCCUGAGGGGUAUAAGGUUUCCUACACACCUAUGGCUCCUGGAAGCUACCUGAUCUCCAUCAAGUAUGGAGGACCCCAGCACAUUGUAGGCAGCCCCUUCAAGGCCAAAGUAUCAGGACCUCGUCUGUCAGGUGGCCACGGUUUGCAUGAGACGUCGUCUGUUCUUGUGGAGACCGUCAGCAAGUCAGUAGCGAUGGGCAGCCCUUUUGCCUCUCUGCCUAAAUUUUCCUCAGAUGCCAGUAAAGUCAUCUCCAGAGGUGCCGGCCUUUCAAAGGCCUUCAUUGGUCAGAAGAACACCUUCACAGUCGACUGCAGUAAAGCAGGCACAAACAUGUUGAUGGUCGGUGUCCACGGGCCGAAGACACCCUGCGAGGAAGUGUACGUCAAACACAUGGGCAACAGGAUGUACAAUGUCACGUAUACUGUUAAAGAGCAGGGCAGCUACAUCCUCAUUGUGAAGUGGGGAGACGAGAACGUCCCCGGCAGUCCGUUUCAUGUCACAGUCCCUUAAAACUGAACUCUUCACUGUCCAAGACUGGAUUAAAAUGUGAUCUGCAUUAUCUGGACUAGUUUAUUUUCUUGAUGACAGAUUUUCUGUUAGUAUUUCUGAAGAUAUGCAGCACUCAGAGGUCCAGAGGUGUCUGAGGUCACCAUGAAGGGGAGACUGCAUACAUUUCCAUCUUUUUUUGUGUGUCCACUUCUCUGAACUUUUUCAUCACACCUCAUAUUUAGUGAAAAAUUCAAGCUGCAAGUUGCUCUUUUGCUCCCACAAACCAAACAAUUCAGAAGUUAGCUUAAACAGAAGAAACAGUUUUAACGUCAGUGAGGGGGGAAAAGUGCUUCCGAGUCCUUUAUUUCUUAUCUCCAUCUGUAAAAACAGGAAACUAUAAACUUUCUCUAAGAAUCCUUAUUUCUUACUGAUGCUCAUCCGAUAACCACGAACACUUCAGACCCUUGGACUGUCUGCACUCCAGCCAUGGUGACUAUCGUCCAAAAAUCUGAUUGGUCAGUAGAUGGUGAACGCUUACCUGCAACAAAACCUGGAGCAACUUUGGUCUGUAGCAUCAGUUACCAUGGUGACAUACCACCUUUAUAACCCUGAAAAGACAGAGUUAAACCCAAAGUUAGCUUGAUAACUACAGAUCCCUAAAAGCAUUCAUGUUUUCUCAUGGAUGAGUUUAAUGUCUUUCGAAGAUAUUCUGAGUGAAAAAUGGUGUUUAGUUAGCCUCAGCAGGCAAAGUCUCCCCUUCCUCAGCAUUCAGUUUCAGGUGAGCGAGAGACUAUCUUCCCUCCAUGUUGAAUCAGAUGCACUCAGCAGGUCUCUGUAUGUCAGGGUUUGUGCCAGAUCGCUCAUGUGGCGUAGGCCCAGUUGUGGGAUGUGGAAUGAUCAAGAUGAGCUGGGCUGUGACGUUAACAAACUCUUCUGUUUUUAUUUAUCCUGCAGCAUUUUUCUCUCCUUUGAUUUUCUUUGACAGAAAAUGGUCUUACUGUUGAGAGAAGCAGGUGAUGAUGGAUUUUUUUUUUUUUUAAACCACAGGAAGGAAGUGAAGUGGCGUUUCCUUUGUGAAUGUUGGAAAAACAGUAGCAGAUAUUAGAGUGACAUUUUAUAGUGAUUUUAUAUGUAUGAGUGAAGCAAAGUUUAAGUGUUUGAUAUGUUAACCUUCUGUAUUGCGACACUGUGCAGGCAUAAUAAAAGUUUAUCUGUGAAAUCUCUCAUCUCAUUUUCAUGAUGGAGAA